AUGGAUAAAGCGCCCGUGCCGAAGCCUCGCAGUGCUUUCCUAUCCCAAAAUGAUGGUAUAAAGCGACCAGUGCCUUUACCACGAACGAAAGAACCAGGUUCUAAUGACAGAGUUACUGCUUCAGAUAUACUGCGAUCUAUAAGCACUGUCUCCAAGCAAAUAACAGAAGACGUGGCUUCGAAAGUAAGCAACUCAGCAAAAACAGCUAAUGACAAAAUUGAAAGGUCAAUCCAAGAUGGAUCGAAAUUUGCUAAAGGAACACUUGAAAAAACGCUUAAUACUUCCAGAGCCAUGAGGGACACUGUUGCUAAAUCUGUAAUUGAAGGCACCAGAUCUGCUGGACUCAAAUUACGGAAGUCAAAAAAGCUUGAUAAUGCUGGGGAUGGUGAUUCUCAAAGACAGAAUUCACUGUAUGAAAAUUGGACACUACCAUCACAAAGAAUUGUUAUAAACAAUCCAAGCAACGAAAUUGCUGAUAGGCCAAGCAAGAGCACAAUUUUAGAAUUUGAUCCACUAAAUAUGGGAAAUACAGUUAAUCCAACUAAUUCCAUCUUAAAAGAAUCAUAUACGCUAGACAGCAUAAAUUCAAUGCAAAUUGUUCUACCUCUUUCAUCCAGUACAACAAGUAAUUCAUACUGCUUCGAGUUGUCUGUGGCAAUGGGAGGAAUUCGCAACAAUCCUCGCAAAGUUCUCUUCAGUUGUGCCAGUGCUUCAGAAAGACGCAGUUGGGCCCAAAAGAUUGCAGAACACCUUACAUCGUCCUUUCCUACAAAAUAUACCGCAGAAUUUACUCGAUGUGGUUGGUGCUAUAUCAAGGAAGGUGUCAGUGGAGAAUGGUAUGGGGCAUGGCUGAUGCUCAUACGACGCGUGCUUAUCUACAGCAGCAACACGGAGUCGGGAAUGGGAUGCGUCGACUUGAGGAAGACCAGAUGCGUGGUUAUGCAGGCAGCGGAUGAUGAGACCAAACACGCUUGCCCCUCUGACGGCAGUGGUAACCUGUUGUUGGGUUGUCCUCUUGCUACUCUCUACUUACGUUUUCCUCAUGAGAGAGAAUUAAAGGGCUGGCGAUUUAUGAUAAAACUCGCUGCUCAUAACAACGGCGCACACAUCCAUCAUCAACAACUUACAAAAGAAGACAUCCCAACUAUCGUCGACAAAUGUAUCAGUUUCAUCUUCGCGUAUGGCAGCCUGUCCGAGGGCAUCUAUCGGCGUGCCGGCAGCAGCGUGGUGCUGGCCGAGCUGCUUGCGCGGUUCCGGCGCGACGCCUGGUCCGUGCAACUGAUCCCCGGACAGCACUCGGAGCACGACGUAGCCGGCGUUCUGAAGCGUUUCUUCCGCGACCUGCCAGACUCGCUAAUACCGCAAGACCGCCACGCAGCACUCACGACCGCCCUCGAGUUAGAAGACGAGGCGGCCCGCUACGCGGAAUAUCGACGCACGCUAAACUCUUUAGGCGUCGUGGCACGCAACACUGCACGUAAACUGUUCGCGCACCUGCACUUUCUGCAGAGCAUGGCGCACGCCAACAAGAUGAACGCUGAGAACCUCGCCUCCGUUUGGGCCCCCACCAUCAUGCCCGCCGCACUGGCGAGCAACGCGCUGCAGACGGCGUGGUCCUCGAAGGAGGUGUACGUGGUGCGCGACCUGAUCGCGAACUACGAGGCGGUGUGGCGGCCCACGCAGGCGGAGAGGGCGCGCGAGGCGGCGGUGCGCCGCGUGCUCACGCGCGUCCUCUCCAACGCCGCGCCGGCCGCGCCGCGCACCGCCGGCGACCUGCGCGCCUGGGUCUACGUGCACGACCGCCACAACUGCUACCAGAUAGUCUUGACCCCGAAUAAGACAAAAGAGGUGAUCUGCAACGAUGCGAUGCGUCGGAUCGUCCACAUAGACGAGAUUGUUCUGGACGUCGUACUGCGCUGGGGCUACUGGGACGAGGAAGACAGGAAGGACAACUACUUGCUUGUGAAGGAGAAUAAAGUCCUGCAGGAGAUGGACGCCAUGAGGCACACCACAUCACUGGUAUGCGGCGAGCUACGUUUGGCCAAUGAAUCCUCGAAGAGCUUCAAGCUGCAUAUGUUCGAAUUCAACAAGACGAAGCUUUGCUACUUCAAAGACAAGCAGGGUUCCCAGAAGAUUGAUGAGUGGGACGUUAAAGACAUCCUUUGGUACGUUGGUCACGAGCCGAAAAGGAAUCCGCAGUCUCGAUGGGCCAUCACCUUUAUACCCAGGAACAAUAAACCCAAGAGGAGCAAGGAGCGCCCUUGGUUCGGCUGCACCGUGGCCGGCGCGGUAACGGAGGACCAGCUCAAGUGGACCGCGGCCAUGAUGUUCGCGGAGCACACAAACGUGCUGCCAUCGCCGCGUCUGGUCAUCACU